AGAGAGGCAGGGGAAGAAUAGAAGCACAAGCUGCAGAACACAAACCGAUAUUUAAACCCAUACGCAUGGUCUUCGAAAUGAUUAACCUAGAACUUAAUUAAAUAGAUAGGAGAGGGGUUAGCUUUUAUAUAUAUAUACACACACAUAUGUAUGUGAUGCCUGGAACCCGUUAUAAAGAGUUAGCGUGAGCAAAACAGGGUCAGUGAGAAGACAAAAGGGAAAUAGUGUGUGAGAGACCCUGGUCCAUGGUCCAGAAGAACAACAACAAGAAGAGCAUGAAUUGAGAUAGCUGGCUGCCCUCUGCUGCUGCUGCUGCGCUUAUGUGAAAUGGCAGUCCCUCUUUGCCCACCGUUUUGAUUCCCUUUGUACUGAAUGAGAUCAUUAGCAAACACUUGGCAUUUCAGUCUCCCACCUCCACUACACGCUGUAUCGGAUUCUCUUUUCGGCUUCUCUCCUCCAUUCUUUGUUCUUCUUCUCCUUCCUCCUCCUCCUCUUUACAAGAUUAUAGAAAAAGAACAAAAAAAAAAAAAAAUUGCAGCCAUCUGUUGACGGGUCAUCACCAGUCUAUAUGAGAAUUUUAUUCUCCAGAAGCGGCGGCAGCACCAUCAGCGCUCUUCUCUCCCCUUUACUCCAGGGUCUCCAGCGGCCCGUGGUGGCGGCGGCGAAGUUCUUAUUCCGGCAGCAGAGCGUGAUGACCGCGGUGGAAAGCCAGAGCAGCCUCCACCACCACCUCCUGUGCCUUCCCCGGAGGGCUUGCAGCGGUCGCCGAAAUGACAGCGUGGUGGUGGUCAUGGGUGCAACCGGGACCGGCAAGUCGAAGCUAUCAAUCGACUUGGCGACCAGAUUCCCAUCCGAGGUGGUGAACUCCGACAAGAUCCAGGUUUACCGCGGCCUCGACAUCACCACGAACAAGAUCCCUCUGGCCGACCGCUGCGGUGUGCCGCACCAUCUGUUGGGGGAGCUCGACCCCGCGGUCGGGGAGCUCCCGGCGCUGAAGUUCAGGUCCCUGGCGGCGUCCGCCAUCGAGAGAAUCGCCGCCCGCCGACGGCUCCCGGUGGUGGCGGGAGGGUCGAACUCCUUCAUCCACGCGCUGCUGGCGGCACGGCACGACCCUCUGGUGGACCCGUUCGCGGCGGGGGAUAGCCGGCGAGGAAGAAGGGAGAGGCUGCGGUACCGAUGCUGUUUUCUCUGGGUGGACGUGGAGCCGAAGGUACUGGCGGAGUACCUCGACCUACGGGUGGAGGAGAUGGUGGCGGCGGGAAUGGUGGAGGAACUGGAGGCGUACUUCGCGGGGGAGGGAGCGGAGCCGGGGAGGCACCCGGGCUUGGAGAAGGCGAUCGGAGUGCCGGAGUUCCGGGAAUAUUUCAAGAAAGGGAAAGGGGCGGGGGAGUACGCGGCGGCGGUGGCGGCGAUCAAGGUGAACGGGCGGCGGCUGGCGGAGGAGCAGGUGCGGAAGAUCGGGAGGCUCGGGGAGGGUGGGUGCGGGUGGGCGCUCCAACGGGUGGACGCGACGGCGGCCGUGCGGGCGCGGCUGGGGGGAUCGGCGUGGGUGGCGGCAUGGGAGCGGGACGUGGUGGGGCCCAGCGUCGCUGCGGUGGAGGGGUUCCUGGAGUCCUCGCUUUCGCCUCCGCUCGGUAGUUAGUUAAGCGAGUUCGUGGUUCUCCUCCCAGCUCAGAACGGCUUUUUUUUUUGAGAAUUUGGAAAAAGGUGACUAAAUAUACCAAAAGGAACAAAGGAAGGGUUUUAAGGACUUGAGCGAAGCCUGUGAUGUUUUAUUCCUUCUAACUUCUAAAUUUUUGCAUCAGAGAGAGGGGGUGAGGGAAAUAUUGUUGGGAUGAGGUGGGAGGAAGUGAGGGCGGAGGAGGCGGCCAAUUUUGGUGCUUGAGGACGCCUCUGACAUGAGCGUGGGGGCCGAGCGAGUGGUGGGGUUGGGGACAGAGAAGGGACAGAGUAGUGAAGGGCGGGGUGCAGAAGCAGGAAAAAAAAAGAAAAAGUUAUACAACACGAGAAGGGAAAAAAAAACAAGGUUGGGUCUCAGAACAGGGAAGAGAGAGCAGUGAAGGAUGGGGUGCAAAACAAAAAAAAAAGAAAAGAAAAGAGUUAUACAACAGGAGAAGGGAAAAAAAAAAGAACAUGCUGAGUCUAGAUGACGUUAUCUUAGUUACUGUAUUAUUUUCUUCUGGUUCUCCAUUUUUUUUUUUUCAUCUUUCUUUCCUUCUGAGUGUGUAGGUUUGGAAAGGGAAUCUCAAUCACAUUUUGGGUGUGAGUUCGAGACAGAUGCCCACUUAAGAAGCGUGUUGGGAGGCAUGUGAUGCGGGUGGAGGCAAACACCGACCCCAGCACAAGUGUGAAUAACUAUUUCUUCUCUACAAUCAAAUAUGAAAAAAAAAAAAAAAAAAA